AUGUCUUGCUGUCGGAGUGAAGAGUAUAAGGAGCAAAAUAGAAUUAAUAAAGAAAUCGAGAAGCAGUUGAAGCGCGACAAGAAGGAUGCUCGAAGGGAGCUUAAACUUCUCUUGCUUGGCACAGGCGAAUCGGGAAAGAGCACCUUCAUCAAGCAGAUGCGUAUUAUUCACGGUUCGGGCUACUCGGAUGAGGAGAGACGCAGUCUGAUCAAACUGGUUUAUCAGAACAUCUAUCUUGCCAUGUACACCCUUAUUCGGGCCAUGGAGACCCUCAAGAUACCCUACGAGAACCCCAUCAACCGGGAGCACGCAGAGCAGACGCGCGAGAUCGACUACGAGACGGUGACCACCCUGGAUCCAGAUCACGUUGUGGCCAUCAAAUCUUUGUGGAGUGAUCCGGGUAUCAAAGAAUGCUACGAUCGUCGUCGCGAAUAUCAACUUGCUGAUUCUGCUAAAUACUACUUGGACAAUAUCGAUCGCAUAGCUGCCAGUGACUACCUUCCCACCCUGCAAGACAUCCUUCGUUUGCGUGUCCCCACCACUGGCAUCAUCGAGUACCCCUUCGAUUUGGACUCUAUCAUCUUUCGGAUGGUCGACGUAGGCGGUCAGAGGUCGGAGCGCCGAAAAUGGAUCCACUGCUUCGAAAGCGUCACCUCAAUCAUGUUCCUCGUCGCUCUCUCCGAAUACGACCAGGUUCUUGUUGAAUCGGACAAUGAGAACCGAAUGGAGGAAAGUAAGGCCCUCUUUCGGACAAUCAUCACCUACCCAUGGUUCCAGGAAUCCUCAGUCAUUCUCUUUCUCAAUAAGAAGGAUCUGCUGGAGGAGAAGAUUCUCUACUCUCAUCUCGUUGACUACUUUCCCGAAUAUGACGGCCCUCAAAGAGACGCUAAAGCAGCGCGCGAGUUCAUCUUGAAGAUGUUCGUGGAGCUGAACCCCGACCCGGAGAAGGUCAUCUACUCGCACAUCACCUGUGCCACCGACACAGAGAACAUUCGCUUUGUCUUCGCCGCUGUAAAGGAUACCAUUCUCCAGCUGAACCUGAAGGAAUACAACCUCGUUUACCGACCUUACACAUACAUGUGCUCCUGCCUACCUACCCAUCCACUCGUCCAUCCAUACGCCUGUCCAUCCACAAAAGACGCCACGAACCGCUCUGUACAAUUAAUCAAUCAACCAGUCUCUCCUCCUCUCUUUCUGCUCUCCACCUUCCUAUCCUCCCUACUUCACUUACCACCAUCUUAUCUGCGUGAGUGUGUGUAUUUACUCGUUCGCGAGGAGUUCGAGAGCAGUCUUCUUUCCUUUCUUCUGGUUCAUGUCAAAGCUACUUCUCAAGUGCCAUGUCUGCUAGUAACGCCUUCAGACCCUAACGACAGGGUCGGUUUAGUAGCAACGCUGUAUGAAGGCAGAGGUAGCAGCAGCAGCAGCAGCAUUCGCUGCAAAAGAGGCAUGAUGCUGAUGUUGCUGCUACCGCCGCUGACGCGUGUUCCACUGCGAAUAAGCCCUACAAAAUCUUGUGUGCGCACGCACACACCUCCGCACCAUAUCGCAUCGAUCGCCUCUUGGCUAGCUGUCCAGUUGGCGCACGCUAGUCCCCUAUUGGCUCAUCAUUGCCACACGUGCGUCCGUGGCUGUGCCCGCGUGGCUAUUCGUGUGGGAACGCGUGGGGAGACUGGGAUUUGUGGUGCCUCGUGUUUGUGUGUGUGUGUGCGUGUGCACGUCUUCUUCGCGUUUAUGUGUGACUGGGUUUAG